AUGGAACAGCAGAAUGACGACCAACUCGAAUCGCUUUAUUCUAAAAUUAAUUCAAUCAAAAACGUUCGCCUGCUUCAGCUUUAUCCCUGCUUCGAAAACACUGUUGACCUAGCGCUACUCAACCAAACCGUAAGAGCCCAGCCUUCAUCUUGA